CCGGAUUUACCAUGUCCCCAAGCAGAGUUGGAGCAUGCCAAAACUCUGAAUCUGCUGAGGCAAUCCCUGGCCUGUCCUUUUCCCAAUGCCCAGUGGGUGACAGGCUCUUUCCCAGAAGUUGAACGGAGCUUACUCUGGCAGAUCCUUCUCUCCCAAGUCAAGUGGCCUCUCUGGUAAUGGACUGCCUUUCUGUGAGCUUCCAUUCUGACCAGGCUUUCCAAAUCUAGCCUGUAAAGCGAGAUAAGAAACAUCCCACAGGGGGAAAAAAAUGACAGAAGAACCCACAAAAGAGAACCUGGGAGCUCCAAAAUCUCCCACACCUGUGACAAUGGAGAAAAACCCCAAGAGGGAAGUUGUGGUCACCACGGUCCCCUUGGUCAGCGAGGUUCAGCUGAUGGCCGCCACCGGGGGUGCCGAACUCUCCUGCUACCGCUGCAUCAUCCCCUUUGCCGUGGUGGUCUUCAUUACUGGGAUUGUGGUCACCGCUGUGGCUUACAGCUUCAAUUCCCACGGUUCCAUCAUCUCCAUCUUCGGCCUGGUCCUUCUCUCCUCCGGACUGUUUUUACUAGCCUCCAGUGCCUUGUGCUGGAAGGUGAGGCAAAGGAACAAGAAAGUCAGGAGACGGGAGAGUCAGACGGCUCUUGUAGUAAAUCAGAGGUGCUUGUUUGCUUAAGACUGAGUUUGAGCAAACAGGAACGCUCACUUACCCACACUGCUCUAACUCGGUGAACUCAUUCAUACGGAACCAGCCCCAGUAGGGGAUAAGCUCAACUUUCGAAUGAACUACCAAAAUGAAAAAUAGGGCAUAGAGAGGACUGAAAACAACGAGGGGUCAAGACGGUUCCCCCUUGGUAGGGAAUAACUCAUCUUCUUUAACGACAAACUUAAUCCUAAGGGCUAUUUCUAAGACAGAAGAAUCAGCUUUCUUUUUCUGUUAAAUGUUUAGGGAGCGUGGGAGAUGCACAGCAUUAAAUAACACUUGGUUCACUUUAGAAAGUUCCCAAGGGAAAAAUGGACAAAUAAUGAGAGCCCUGGCAAGUGGUGUUAUAAAAACGUUCAACCAAAAGCCUAUAUUGACUUGGCAUUCCCAUGUACCUAAGAAGUUCUGUUAUAUAUAUAUAUAUAUAUUUUUUUUUUUUCCAGUAAGUUGAUUCUCUGCCCCCCCCCUUAAAAGAAUUUUUACUUUCAGUAACAUCACUAGAGGUACUUUAUUUUGAAGAAUAGACUAAUAUUUUUUUAUAUUUUAACAAUGGACAAUUGUAGAUGGUUGUAAUGAUAUGCCAGAAGAAAACAGAAAUGUAGAUAACACAGAUGACACAGGGACAGUUAAAUUAAUACUGAAAUAAUCCAAUAUAGCACCUUUGAUGGCUUUUAUACAAAAGUUCAGUGUGCAUCUCACUCAAAAUAAUAAAUGCUCAUGGCUGCUGAAACUU